CUGGCUGGUGAUGACGUCACAUCACCUCCCUACCUAAUGUAUUGUUUUUUUUUUUGGUUCCAGGAAGUAGCCACUAGCAACCUAGCAUCGAGGCUCGUCUUCAAACAUGCUCUGAUUUCACGUCUGGACGGUGUGGAGGACAGACAGAUGGCAGUGUGUGCACUGACCAUGUUGGACGGGAUAGGGGGCGAGGUGACGGCGGCAGGGGGCGCUCUCCUCCUGGUCUUGGCCCUCGUCCUGGCCUGGCUCUCCACCCACGUCGCCGAGCGCGGGGACCACAUCCUGGGCACCAUCCUCACCGUGGGGGCUCACGCGUCCCUCAUUGGCCUGGGCGGCGAUGACGGCUACGGCGGCGGAGGCCCCGCCGGCGCGGACGCCCCCGAGCAGACCAGCCCGGCGCCGCCGCAGGAGAACAAGCCCGACGAAGGCGACGAGAGGGGCGACGGCGAGGGGGCGGUGGAGGAAACGGGCACCGAGGGAGUGAGGACAGACGCUCUGUUGGACAUUCGGAGUAAGGCCCCUCAGGCUGGAAGAGGUAACGCUUCAGACGAAGAGGAAGAUGAUUACGGCGAAGACGAGGAGCUGGAGGAGGAAUAUAAAAAGAGUGUCAAGGAAAUAGCGACAUCCUCCAUUUCUGUACGACUCAAGUUUUUAAACGACACAGAAGAGGUGGCUGUGGUUAAGCCGCACGACACCGUGGCGCAACUCAAAAGCAAGUACUUCUCUGGACGGGAGCACCAAAUCAAGCUGAUCUAUCGAGGCCAGCUGCUGCAGGACCCCAAGAGAACGCUGCUCUCUCUGAACGUUACUCACAACAGCGUCAUCCACUGCCACGUCUCCCAGGCACUGCACGACAGCAGCAGCCCCGACGCGGGGGCUCAGGCCAGGGCCGGGCCCGGAGCCGGGGCGGUCUCGGGAGGCUGGAGGGCGGCGGGCGUGGCCGUCAGCACGGGCAGCCUGGUGGUGCCCAUCUUUGUGGUGAUACUCGCCGUGGUUUGGUACUUCCGCAUCAACUACAGGCAGUUUUUCACCGCUCCUGCCACCAUCUCCCUGGUGGGGGUCACCGUCUUCUUUAGCUUCCUGAUUUUUGGGAUGCACAGCCGCUGAGGAGGAGGGCGGGAAGGAGAGAACUCUGGAAGUCAAAUGAACACCACAGCUGAAUGUGUAGAAUGUGUAGCGUCGACUUCUGCCAAUGCCUAAAUAUUCCUCAUUUGGAUCGACAUCUUCAUAGAUAUUAAUGAUCAUACAUUCAAAAUAUUAAAUGGCCUAUUGCACAGUGUCGUCAAAACAAUGCAGAAUUCCACGUGCAUUUGAUAGCUUCCUCCUUGGCCCGUGCCCCGCCCCUCCAGGAAGCUUCACCGCAUCCCACUGAAGUAGUCGAACAUGAACCUCCCUGACAGUCAGACUAAAGUUUGUCAUUUUGUGUCUUCUAGCGGCGGGGGCGGCGGCAUGGUACACUCAUCUCUGCAUCCAAAUGUUUUGCUUUCCGCUGUGUGGUUUUUUUUUGAGAGGGGGGGGCAGGAAUCUCAGCUUGUUUCAAUCACGUUGAUGAAGCUGAAAAAUGUUCAAAAAUAAUGAUUGUAUAGAAAUUAAUUUAACAUAAAAGACAAGAGAAGACUAAUGUGAAGACAAACUAGAGCAGAGUGGCUCACGUGUGCAAUUUCUUAGGGUUGUGUUUCCUGUGAGUUGUCACCUGUCUGUACAAUGUGUAAAUAAAACCAAGAAUGAAUGAAUGAAUCUGACCAAACUCCAUCCGGCACUUGGAAAAUAAUUUAAAAAAAGACAUUUGGAGGAGUCCUGGACUUUAGUGACAUCUCCAAUUAAAAUCAUUUUAAAAAUAUGUCCCGGUCUUGGUUUAUUUCUAAACAACAGUACGCACAACAGUACUAUAUGUCACUAACGACAUUUUUUUUUUACGACAUUUCUAGUUAGUGCACAUCACUAGACCUGAUCUCCAAUGACAUUACAAAACUGCACAGGACUAUAAAAAUAUAUACAAUUAUAUUUCAAACGAAAUCAAGAGUGUCUUAAUCCAGUUUUGAGGUUGAUGCAAAUGAGCUUAUUGUUGUUUACAGUGCACACUGCUCUCCGCCGCCAUCUACCAGAACAUCAAAUGUGCAAAAACAAAAUGUCACGUAAGACCAUUAGGAUCCAUAACGGCUACUACACAUCUCUUAACACAAA